GCUCAAGCGACUUGCAUUAGAUUAGUCGAUGGUGCUAUACAAUGAAUAUUUUUUUCAAUUUGUGGAUAGCUCCGAAUAUUCAAAUUCGACUUCCGCGCUUGUAGGACCACUGUUUCUUGUAUCACCUCCUUGGGAACUUUCUAUUCGUACUUGACGAAUUGCGCAAGCUUUGCCGUUCCUGAUUGCUUCGGAAGCCCUCCUUUGUGUUCGAAUUGACAGCAGACACCCAAGGGCCAUAUGUUACGAUGACCACUAAGCAACCAAAAGCGAAUAUCUAUGCAUAUGCGUCUUUUGACGUUGCGGCACUUUUGUCGAUAGCGCGGGGCAUUCGCCAAAAGGAUUGUGCUUGUAAUGAAUCUCAGCGUCCCAAAUGUGGCAGCUUCAACUGGGUCAUUCUCAUUGUGUUUGAGGAUGGGGUUGAGUGGGUUUUCCGGUCGCCACGGAAGACUUUCGGCCUACAACAGGAUACUGCAAGUGAAGUCCUUUUGAGUGAAGUGGCAACCCUUGAAUACCUUGGAAAGAUCGGUGGCAUCCCUAUCCCAAGAGUAUUUUCAUACUGUUCAACCGGUGAAAAUGCCGUUGGUGUUCCAUAUAUCUUGAUGAGCAAGGCCGCAGGGGUGCCGCUUAGCAGCUACAAGUGGGAUGACGGUCAAACUGGCCCAAGCGAUCAGCACUCAGCAAUAUUAAACUCAUCUCAAAAACAGAAGAUACUGAAGCAACUGGGUCAAAUGCAAGCGUACUUGUCUAAUGUGCGAUUUGACAAAAUCGGUUCUCUUUUUUCGAAAGAUGGAGCCCAUGUCGUAGGGAAAUGUCUGUACCCUUCCCUAGUCUGGCAGAGUCGAGAUGAAUUUGACGGGAACGAUAUCCCACGCGGACCAUUCACUGAAGGGAAGUUCUUUUAUCUCGCUUUAAUAAGCGCGCUCUUGGCACAUGUGAAGGAACUUCCCAUGGGAUAUCAUCUACUGCAUGGCCCGGUUCCUGUUCUGCAAGAGUAUAACGACUUCCAAGAAUAUCGGACCGCCACAGAUAGAUGGAAUGAUUAUGUCGCGAUGGGUUCAAAAACCGAAAGUACAGAGAACAGGCUUGAUUAUGCCCUAGUCGGGAUGACUCUCGAGGACAAUGUGCCCUUUUUGACGGAAAAAGACAGCGACAUCAAAUGCGACGGGUUUCCGUUGUGCCACCCGGAUCUCAGCUUCCAAAAUAUCUUUGUCGAUGACGAACUGAACAUAAUAUGCAUUAUUGACUGGGCCUUUGCCUCUUCUGUUCCACCAUCUAUGCUUCUGGUCUGCCCUGGACUGCCCCAUCCCCGUGAUCGCAUUCAGCUAUGCCUUACGAAGGUUUUUAUUGAGGGUUUCGUUGCUGCUAAAGGCUUUAAUGGGGAGAAAGAUGUGCAUUUCUCCGACGGAAUUAUCUUCUGGGCAUUAUCUCGUCUAGUUAAUCUAGACAGCCUCCAGGAUUUUGUUUACUUUUCCGAAUUUGUGCGUUCAUGUACUGGGCAAGACGCCAAGCUUUAUAUUCGUCAACUUCAAGAUCGAGAGGAGUUCAAAGAAUUCUCUCGAAUUCUUGCGACGUAUGAGAUCAACGAUGAAAGCGUCAACCAAGGUGAAAAGCAGUAUUUUUCAUGUGUCGGUAGUGAACGAUUCGCGUUAUCACAGCACCUCACUGUGAUGAAAGAGAUAAAUGGAGAUUUCGUUGUGGAUAAGCGGCUCUGGAGAUGGAUGGCACAACAUCUGGAAGAGAGAGACCUUUACAUGCAUCCUACAGGCGAAUACCUCAAAUGAGGAAGAGAAGGCAAGCUUGAUGAGGCCUCUUUGGGGUGGGGAGUAUAAUAAGGAAAAUAACUAAGCUCGAGACGACUCUAUAUUAGAUACUGCACCCGACUGCCUUUUCGCUUACAAGGCCCCAAGGAUGGAGUAAUCCGCGUCCCUUCUGGAGCUUUGAGAAGUAUAGGUCAAUAUAUGCUUAUCUUCCAAAUCGCAUGGGUUGGCACUACAUACCGCGCAUUGCGUAACUGGCCCGUCGCAAAAUAAUUGAAAGCUCAGAAAUCUAUCCACAUAUUCACUCAUGGCCCGAUUGCCAUGCCAACUACUACACAUAUCGAAUGUAAAAGAGAGGCAUACCUUCACGUCCAGGGUGUACACCAACUUUAUCGCAAGUUCUAGAGAAAUCCGCUUUUCACUACACAAAUAUACUCUGGUCAGGCGUUAUACCGAUUAAUAUUAAGCUGGAGUAUCCCAGUCGGUAUCCCGUUCGUUGGACGCCAUCUGGCGUCGAGGAGGGUCCAUGAUAGCCAGUGCAGUUCAAAC